UAGAGCCUUUAAUAGCAUUUUAAACAAAGGACAAUUCACAGUAUCUAUCACAAAAUGGCAAACUCUGAAGGUUCAAGUCUUAAACGCUCAGCUUUAGUGAAUGACUAUGUUUGUGGCGGUUGCUCAAUGAAAAAUAUUUAUGAAAGUGCAGAUAAUUUUUGUGAUAUGUGUGUUAAUUUUUUCUGUGGAAAAUGUAUGUUUCUUCAUGAUCAAAUAUACGCGAACCAUUCCAAACAUGGAAGAGAGGAAGCAAAUAAAUGGCCUCUUUUUACAUUCACAAAGACAAUGGAGGAUUUUCUACUGAAAUGUGAUGUCCACAAGGACAAGAAACUGAAAAUAUUUUGUCCUGACCACCGUCAGCUGUGUUGCACUGAUUGUGUUUCACUGAAUCACAGACAGUGCACAAAUGUGGCUCUAUCUUCUGAGUCAGUAAAAAACCUGCCCUUGGAUAUGCAACUGUUGUUAAACAAUCUUCAAACUGUAAUUGAUGAACUAAAUAAGUUAAAGAGUACACAAGAGGCCAACAUUCAGUCUAAAGAGGUAUUAUGUAGUGAAAAACAGCAAGAAAUACAAGACCUGCAAAAGAAAUUAAAUGCUGCUUUGGAUGCACUAGAAAAUACAACCUUAAAAGAACUUAAUAAAGUACAAACCAAAUUGCAAACAUCUCUCGAGAGAAUUGUUGACAACUGCAAAAGACUGAAGGAUGACUUGCAAUCACUCAGUGAAGCUGUAAAUGGCGUUCGUUUUAAGAGCAAAAAAAAAAUUGAAUUCAUAGCCUGCAUAAAAUGUCUGGACAAAAUACAAGAGUCUGAGUCGUAUCUGAAGGAGAAUCCUGUAAAGGUAGAGAGUUUAAUAAUAUUCCAAGCCAACGCUGACAUUGAGCAAUUCCUGUCCACACAGCCUAGUCUAGGGAUGAUUGUAGACAGUAUGCAGUCUCAAACACUCCAGAUGUAACCAGACCAGAAGUUGACAACAAAGAGUAUAUUGUGACAAUACCAAGUGAAACCAGUCCUUGAUAACUUAUUAUUGGCAUUUGCAGCCUGCCUAGUGGUACGCUUAUUGUUGCAGAUUACCAUAAUACAAAAGUGAAGGUGUUGGACCAGCAUUACAACGUGUUAAGUCACUGUCAUCUGUCCGGUUCUCCAUGGGACAUUAGCCAAAUCACAGCCAAUAAGGUGGUUGUAACUUUUUUUUAUCCUACAGCUAAAUGAUUUUAUAGAACAAAAUAGGACUCAUACAGAAAAGAUAAGGUUUUCUCCACGGAUAUUUUUAGAUAAGGUUUAUUCCACAGUUAUUUUUAGAACAUAGGGACUACUUUUUUGGCCUUUCACCCCUGAUUGCGUCAUUCAGGUCAUUGGGUACGCAGUCGUUGGACGAGUUAACGACUGUGUGUGUUUGCGAUUAAGAGGAUAAUACACAGCUGAGCCGGACUGAGCAGUGAUAAUCGGCCCGCAGUAAGCAUAACGGCCCGCGGGCUUUAGCGACCUGGGGCAGAUUAUCACUGCCCAGCCCGGCUCAGCCGGGUAUUUAACGUCUAUAAUAUAUAUCUUACUUUUAUACUACAUUAUAGAUGGGCACAAGUUUUGAGUCAUACAAUCAUACUUUUUUGGUCCUUCACUAAAAUUUAUGAAGAACCAGCUUUCCGUACUUAUAUUUUCAUUGAAUUCAUUAAGCAAUUUAUUACGUAUCUCACGUGACGUAAUUUAAAUGACGAAACAAUCUAGACGCUUUGGAUUUAAGGACAACAACAAUUCGGACUUGGAUGUUUUUCUUUUAACAGUUAAAUAUUUUUUAAGCAUCAAACGAUUAGUGUGUGUGUUUACGAUGGAUUAUGAAUGUGAAUAACAGUGUUGGGAUAUUAAACUGGAAUGAAACUG